GAGCACGGCUAGCGACGCCCGCCUGCACUCGUGAACCAACAGAGAUGUAGCGAAAAAGAAAGAUGUCGCUUUCGACCCCAUACACAUACAUCCAGUGUCCAUGCUCGGAUCAGACCGUACUCAGUUCCGGCAAUGCGCUGUCCGACCCAGAAGAAGACGAGCGAACCUUUGAUCCCAAAGCCCCGCGAUCAAACUACAGCCUAUACCCUCUCGAAUACCUCCUCUACUGCGAAGACUGUCAGCAGAUACGAUGUCCAAGAUGCGUAACGGAAGAAUCCGUCACUUAUUACUGUCCCAAUUGCCUCUUCGAGGUGCCUAGCAGCAACCUGCGCAGCGAGGGUAACAGAUGUACGCGAAGUUGCUACCAGUGCCCAGUAUGCAUCGGCCCGCUCCAAGUUGGAGCCAUUCAGCCUACCACGGAUGCGAACCUCCUGCCCACUCAGUAUCAAACCAAUCCCACCGGGGGCCCGUACGCGCUCUUCUGCCAGUACUGCAACUGGACCUCGACCGAGAUUGGUAUCGAGUUCGAUCGUCCCAGCGGCAUAUACAACCAGCUCUCAAAGAUAAACAACGGAGGCAAGCCAAAGCUUACGCUGCGAGACGUCAAGGAUCGCCGGAAAGAUAACCCAGACGAGCCCCCCGUGCCCGACGACCAGGUCGAUGCGGAUUUGCAGUUUGCCCACCUAAAGGCGUUUUACCAGAGCCGACUCUCGGAAACCAACACCUCAAUACGUGGGCUUCCGUUACAUGAUGGACUUGGAUUUUCAUCGCCCGCUGCUCUGACCCGCAUCAUGUCUCUGUACACCGGCCGGGGUCACCAGGGGCGCUUGCAGCAGGGACCUGCGGAUAUCAUGCGCGAAGCUCUUGGCACCAACGACGGCUUGAAGAUUGCCAAUCUAGAUGAGUCAAAGGAGAUCAAGAAGCUCAUCAACGGAGGAUGGGACGCCACAGCUUCUCUGGAACAACGAAAAGAGCAAACAGAGCCCAUACGAUUCGAGGACCAACUCCGACCGAUUGCAUAUCUGCUUCGCAGUAAGCGAUCGAAACGUUGCCCUGCAUGCCGCCACAUUAUAUCAAAGCCAGAGGCAAAAGUCACGUCUACGAGAUUCAAGAUUCGCCUGUUUGCCAAAUCCUAUAUACCCACAAUCACGAUUCGGCCACUCAAUCCAACCGCUACGCCGGCGCCUGUAACAUAUAGGCCCAUGGUCCAGGAGGAGGCACCACUGAAGCCUCAUCAACCGUAUCAUUUUGUUGUUACAUUCAAGAAUCCCCUCUUUGACAAUAUAAAAGUCACACUGGCCUCGCCAAAUGCAACCCCGGGUCGUUUCUCCAGCAGAGUCACGGUGCUCUGUCCACAGUUCGAAGUGGACGCCAACACCGACAUGUGGGAUGACGCGCUAAAGGAUGAUGAGAAAGACAGGAGCCGCAAGGCAGACGAAGGACCUGAAGUGGGUAAGAUUUGGGAAAAGGGACGGAAUUGGGUGAGCAUCGUGCUGGAGGUCAUCCCGGCAUCUCUACGAAUCGACCAGCAACCCAAAAAGGGUAACGAGAAGAUCGACACCAGCCCGCUCAAGAGCGGCGAAGAUAUCCUGGAGAUCCCCAUGUUUGUUCGCAUGGAAUGGGAGGCUGAUACACAGGCGGACAUGGACGGCCCGGCUAGCAAGGACAAGGAGGCGAGAGAGAAGCGAGAGCUGGCAUACUGGUGCGUGCUUGGGGUUGGGCGCAUCAGUCAAGAAUAAAGGGUAGACGACUUUUUUUUUCUUUUACAGCGAUAGACAUGCAGAAGAUAGACAAAGAGCAAAAUAGGAGCACCAAUAUUUAGGGAAGAGGAAGCGAUAAGUGAAUUGAUCAAAUCAUGCC